UCCAACAUGGCGGAAGACAGCUGCCUUUUCGCCAAAACAUUACGGCAGUUUGCACGUUCUGCAGGUGGCAUUAACCCCACACCUUUCCCGAAAGUCGAGAGACUGCUGUCUUACUGCCCCCGCGAGUCGUCAUGCCGAGGUCUCAGACUAGACAAACGAGCACAAGAUGCAGUGGUUGCCCUGGGAAUCUACUUCCUGGAGUCGGGACUUCAAUACAAAGAUAAGAUCCUGCCUUACCUCCUGGGUGUACUGAGGGGACUCACUAAGGCUCAGUGGACCAAUCAGAAACCACUUAAAUCUCAGACACUCCCACGAAGUGAGUGUUUCAGUUUCUGUCUUAACACCAUCCUCAGUGAUGUCGCCAAGAGAGAUCAUUCUGUGAGGGAACAGAUAAUUUCUGCCCAGUUAGAAGUCCUGGAAGUGCUAACAAAGCUGUGUGAGGGAUCGUACGAGAUACCAAAAGUUGUCCUGUGCACCGCCAUAGUUCCUACUCUGAUCGGAAUGUCGCGUGCGAUUGGGCGUUCAUGUGAUGGAUCUGUUCCCUUGAUUUCAAUCCUAUUCCCAUCGGAAGCGACCAGGAAAUGUUCCAAGGUUCCUCCUAUAGAUACAUCGUCUACUACCAAAGUGAUGGCUUUCCGGUCCAUUCUUCCACGUACAAUGUCCUCUCAUGUGAUUACACAGGAGUCUUCCGGACCAUCGAGUCCUGUAAAUAUUCCAUCACUGGAUUUUCCAUCACCAAGGUCACGAGAAAGGUCGCCAUCUCCGAUACCCAAUCAGAUAAAAGACAAACCGACACAAGAGGAGGAUCUAGACCCGGCCGUACAUUACUUCAACAAAGUUGGGUCGAGUCUCACCCAGACCAAACCCUGGGGAUUCGAGAUUGUACCUGAACAAGAUCAUCUGAAAUUUUCUAGUUCUCAUCUUCAAACACUUGUAGGAGUGGCUCGACGACUUUUGAACAAGGAAACUUUGAGACACCUAGAUGAAUCGUUGAAGGAUUUUUAUGCCGAGUUAGAGCCAAACAAUGGCUUUAGCUGGUUUCCUUACAAGUCCUUCAGUGAGACCCUCACCCUGGUGGUCAUCACUCUACUGAGAGACGUGCUGGAACAGGAGAAAGACCUGCCAUUGAGCUUCAUGAGUGAUAUCCAGGACUUUGCCACGGGGAUGUACCAGACUGGUCAGGCAGAACUGGACAAGAAGCCACGUCCACAUCGGGACGGGGAACAUAAAUGGCACUUCAACCCUUAUGAUUUAACAGUCCUAAGUAGUGCUGCUUGUGUGGACCUCCUGUUCUGGGCAGUCCGGGAGGAGCAGG